GCUGAUUUGAGACGCACCCGCAAUCGAGAAAAAAAAACGAGAAACAGGCUAAAGCUAGUCAGCAGCACGGCGACCGUCAGCGCUCAGCACCGGCUCUGCUUUCUGAUGCGGCGGAUAUUCUUCAUGUGGAGUAGAGACCGUGGCGAAUGGUGAGGAUAUAAUGCAGAGUUCUCAACAUUUCUUUCCAGGCACUGAAAGCUGCACAUUUAUGGCGUUUGUGAGUGGAGAUUUCUGCCAGGCACAGCACCUGGUCAUCGUGGAUAAGUGAAAAUUCGGCGUGCCACAUGACGAUUACGCCACACGUCUACAGUCCUAACUUGUCAGCUUUGGGUUCGAGGCUGUAUUCGCCCAAAGUUCACGCGUAUGAGUGGGUCUGAGCCAACUGAGGCGCUGACGAGCCAGUUUCUUUUACGCCCUCUUCCUCUCUAGCGCCAAAAGAUCAUUUUUUGUUCUCCUAAAUGGGUUAAAGCUAAAUCUUUUUUGUACAUUUCAGAAAAAAAGCCCCCGUUAUUUAUUUUUUUUAUAAUUUUUUUAACGCAAAUUUGAGUGUUUUUUUACAUUUGCUUUUUUUUGGAUCCCAAAUCAUUGUAAAAAACAUCUUGUCAAAACCGACGCUCAGCCACGUGUCAAGAUGAAUCGUCCCGCUCCUGUUGAAAUCACCUAUGAGUGCAUGAGGUUUCUGAUCACCCACAAUCCCACCAAUUCACAACUGCCCAAGUUUACUGAGGAGCUGAAGACCUUCGGAGUGCAGACAUUGGUUCGGGUGUGUGACGCCACCUACGACAAAGCACCAGUGGAAAAGGAAGGCAUUGAAGUUCUGGAUUGGCCUUUUGAUGACGGCUGCUCUCCUUCUGAUCAAAUUGUGGACGACUGGUUAAACCUUCUGAAGUGUAAAUUUAAAGAUGAACCAGGCUGCUGCAUUGCAGUGCACUGUGUGGCAGGACUGGGCAGAGCUCCUGUGCUGGUGGCCAUUGCUUUAAUCGAAUGUGGGAUGAUGUAUGAGGACGCUGUUGAGUUCAUUCGACAGAAGCGACGUGGAGCCUUCAACUCCAAACAGCUGAUGUACCUCGAAAAAUACAAACCCAAGAUGCGUCUGCGCUUCAAAGAUGCCAACGGACAAAACUGCUGCGUUCAGUAGAACCAAGGGCCAGAAAAAAGAUCAUCAUUAUUAUUAUUAUUAUUAUUAUUAUAAAGCAAUUUGGGACCAUUGAUUUUGUUUGCUAUGUUAUUGUGCCAAGCACACACAGGAUUCUCAGUGUCCAUAUUACCAGCUUAUCAUUUUUAUUUAUUUAUUAUUUUUUUUUAAGUAAAUAAAUGUCAAGUUGUUCUGUAUUUCAGGGCACACAGGAAACAACGUGCGCAAGAAAACGAGCCGCUCGCGUAUUUACAGACGUGCACAGUUCAUACAGAGUAACGUUCCUGCUCUUCAGCAAAUAGCCUUCACACACACACAUUCUAGAUUUCCAACACAACAGAGUGACGUGUGUGUGUGUGUGUGUGUGUGUGUGUGUGUGUGUGUGUCAGAAGAAGCGUAGUGUUUUAAUCAUGACGUCCCGAAUCAUUUCAGUUUGACGCUUGUGACGUAAAAAGCUCUAUAAUUCCAGUAAGGUUACACGAGCACAGUAGUGCUACAUACACAACUGUGAUCAACACGGACACGUUCCAGGUUCCGCCUCCUGGACAGUCACGUGUCAAAAGGAAACGAAUAAUUUCUUGGAUUAUCUCUUGCUGCUGACUGAUAGAGAUAUCACAAUAAAGAUAAAUGUGUCAGUG